AUGUCGCAUUACAAAUCGGGUCUCCUUCUGAUACAUCCAUCUGUGACUACGACGCCAGAGUUGGUGGAAAAUACCAAAAAUCAUGCCGCCUCCAAGGAAGUCAAGUUUGUAGACCAGUUCUUAAUCAAUAAACUGAAUGAUGGAUCCAUAAAUCUGGAGAAAUCCAAAUAUGAAGUUAUUCAAUACCUGACGCCUGAAGCAGUCACGGAUAUCAAGUUUCCCAAGAAGUUGAUCUCUAUCCUGGCUGACUCAUUGAAACUAAAUGGUUCAUUAAUGGGUUUGAGUGACACUUAUAAAGUAGACGCAUUGAUUAAUGGCUUUGAAAUAGUAAAUAAGCCGGAGUACCGUUGGGUUAAAAAAGAUUUUUCCAAUCUUACUCAAACUGUUUCAAUACCGUUGAAGGAUAAGAAAAAACCCUGCAGCACCAAACUGCAGAAUGGUAGCACCAAAUUGCCAACUUUCAAGAAAGCUAAUGCUUUAACUUCUAAAUUACCCUCAUUCAAGAAAGCAGAGGAUACCAGACUGCCUACCAUCAAGAGAGCAGACGAAUCCGAGGUGCCUAACUUCAAAAUGGCUUCUGAACCAAGAGUCUAUAAAGUCGUAGAUGACCUAAUCGAGGAUAGCGAUGAUGACGUCUCUAGUGAUUCGUCCAAGGCUCAGUAUUUUGACCAAGUGGAUGUCGACAACGACUCCAUUGAAGAAGAAGACUUAAUCGAUGAGGAUGAUUCCAGUAAGCCAAUGAUUACUAUGAUUACAUGUGGUAAAUCCAAGACAAAGAAAAAAAAAGCUUGUAAGGAUUGCACUUGUGGUAUGAAAGAACAAGAAGAAAGGGAAAUAAAUGAUCUAAGAUCUCAACAGGAUAAAGUCGUAAAGUUUUCCGAGAAUGAGCUAACCGAGAUCGAUUUUACUAUCGAUGGGAAGAAAGUCGGUGGCUGUGGAUCCUGUUCACUAGGGGAUGCAUUUAGGUGUAGUGGCUGUCCUUAUUUAGGUCUUCCUGCUUUCAAGCCCGGCCAGCCUAUUAAUUUGGAUAGUAUUUCAGAUGACUUGUAG